AGAUUCUCAAGAUGAGAGAGGCUGGACCUGGGGGAGGAAAGUCAAUGGCGACGAAGGCGCUCAACUCCCAAAUCCAGGACAAAGGAGGCAGACGGCUUCCUUUGUAAUUCCGCCGCCCGGUGGCGAAGGUUUCUAAGCCUGGCUUUGGCUGCCGGCCGGGGAGGAGGGGAAAGGAGAGUACUCUCCCUAGCUCUCUGGUCUCUAGGACAGCUAGAUAAACGAAAAGUCUCCGGGGAGGAAUAAAGGACGCUUAGCCUGCCCUUAUAUUCCAGAUUUGGAACUUCGAAAAGACAUUUAAAUCAAACGGUAUUGAGAUGGAUUGGGUUAUGAAACAUAAUGGUCCAAAUGACGCUAGUGAUGGGACAGUACGACUUCGUGGACUACCAUUUGGUUGCAGCAAAGAGGAAAUAGUUCAGUUCUUUCAAGGGUUGGAAAUCGUGCCAAAUGGGAUAACAUUGACGAUGGACUACCAGGGGAGAAGCACAGGGGAGGCCUUCGUGCAGUUUGCUUCAAAGGAGAUAGCAGAAAAUGCUCUGGGGAAACACAAGGAAAGAAUAGGGCACAGGUAUAUUGAGAUCUUCAGAAGUAGCAGGAGUGAAAUCAAAGGAUUUUAUGAUCCACCAAGAAGAUUGCUGGGCCAACGACCGGGACCAUAUGAUAGACCAAUAGGAGGAAGAGGGGGUUAUUAUGGAGCUGGGCGUGGAAGUUAUGGAGGUUUUGAUGACUAUGGUGGCUAUAAUAAUUAUGGCUAUGGAAAUGAUGGCUUUGAUGACAGAAUGAGAGAUGGAAGAGGUAUGGGAGGACAUGGCUAUGGUGGAGCUGGUGAUGCAAGUUCAGGUUUUCAUGGUGGUCAUUUUGUACAUAUGAGAGGAUUGCCUUUUCGUGCAACUGAAAAUGACAUUGCUAAUUUCUUCUCACCACUAAAUCCAAUACGAGUGCAUAUUGAUAUUGGGGCUGAUGGCAGAGCAACAGGAGAAGCAGAUGUAGAGUUUGUGACACAUGAAGAUGCAGUAGCUGCCAUGUCUAAAGAUAAGAAUAACAUGCAACAUCGAUACAUUGAACUCUUCUUGAAUUCUACUCCUGGAGGUGGCUCUGGAAUGGGAGGUUCUGGAAUGGGAGGCUACGGCAGAGAUGGAAUGGAUAAUCAGGGAGGUUAUGGAUCUGUUGGAAGAAUGGGAAUGGGGAACAAUUAUAGUGGAGGAUAUGGUACUCCCGAUGGCUUGGGUGGUUAUGGCCGUGGUGGUGGAGGCAGUGGAGGUUACUACGGACAAGGUGGCAUGAGUGGAGGUGGAUGGCGUGGGAUGUAUUAAAGCAUAACCACCAACCUAAAAGUCCUGACAACAGCAUCUGGUCUACUAGACUUUCUUACGGAUUUAAUUUCUUUUGUAUUUUAAGAACUUUAUAAUGACUGAAGGAAUGUGUUUUCAAAAUAUUAUUUGGUAAAGCAACAGAUUGUGAUGGGAAUCUGUUUUCUGUAGGUUUUAUUUGUUGCAUACUUUGACUUAAAAAUAAAUUUUUAUAUUCAAACCACUGAUGUUGAUACUUUUUAUAUACUAGUUACUCCAGAGGAUGUGCUGCUUUCAUAAGAUUUGGGUUAAUGUAUUUUAUUAUUAGCUCUAAGAGUAGUAGUACAGCAUAAUUUUAGAGGACAGUGGUUCGCCUCUGCAUAAACUACAAGUCUUUAUUAAGCAGACAUCCAGAAUAGAGCUUGGAAAAUAAUUAGUGUAACUUUUUCUUUAAUUUCUCCUGGACAAUACUGUAAAUAUAAAGAUGAGUUUAGAUAGCUUCAGGAGUAUAAAUCAGCUAAUUAUAUAUUCAUCUUUUUCAAAUGUCACUUAUCAAGCAUAGCUCUGAAGUGUUAAUCUAAGGUAUCUGAAUUUCUGAAUAUUCAUAAUUGUGUUACCUGGGAACAGGAGUGUUGGAAGUUUAAAUUUUAGCCCUAGAUUUUAGAAUAAAAAUCCCCUCAGCACUUGACUGAAAUACCAAAAAAUGUUUCCAAAAAGUGAUAGUUGUAAGUUAUCUCAAAAUGUCUUAGACUAGGUUAAGGUUCUCAGUGACAUGAGAAUUCAGUACACGUACAAAGGUAUUUACUGUGGAGUAUAAUUCUCACAGAUGUAUUUUCAGUUUCAGCCCAAUAGUUUAAGGCAUAUGGUUUUUUAAUAAUUGUAUAAAUACAUUAUAAAAUGUAAGAUGAGUCCAUGUUGUCAAUUAAAAUGAGAGUCCAGUUGGAUUUUGCAUCUGAUAUCUGGAGUUUUUAGAGCUAUUGUGUUAAAAAAAAAAUAAAAAAAAGUACUAUAUGUAGCCAGGAAAAGGUGCUUUUUAUUUUUAAUCCCUUUGAUCAAUAUGGCUUUUCCCCAAAUUGGCUAAUGGAUCAAAAUGAAACCUGUUAAUGUGAAUUCACAGUUAUUGAACUUGUUAACUUGUUUUUGCUAGAAAUGUUAUUAAUGUAAUAAAUACAAUGUGGGAGAUAAUA